ACCGUGGAACUCAGUCCCAGAAUUUGAAGACAGAUCCGUUUACCACCAUUGCUGCUCGUCUCUCGGACAAUGGCUUUUUGUUGUUCACAAUUAUGUCGAUGCUUUGAUCUGAUUUUGACUUCUUUCCUGAUUUCCUGUUUUUUCGUCAGACAAUAAUCUAUUGUGUUUGUUCUGGUAUUCUGGAUGGCCACUCCAAAGGCCAUUCCAUACAUAUUAACUAGUUCAUGUGCUUGUCAAUCCCCGCUUUGCUUAUUCCUUACAACUCGAAGAAGGUGCACUUGCGAUUGAGAUCAAUGGUGAUCCACGUUCGAAGCCUGGAAGCUGCAGAACCGUCUUCAUGCCCACAGUUUCUGCGAGGUCAAUUCUGUCAGCAACCUUUGAAUGCAGAAUUUGUGGUGAGAACAGCUGGGGCUCAACUGAACUGCUCUUUCAUCAGUCUGGAAGAACUGAAGAUGGGGCUUGAGACAGAGAAUGAUCAGGCACCACAGAGGAAACUGAAGCUUCUGGGUCUGCAUAGCUUUCGAACAAGUGCAGACAUCUUCAAACGCCAACUAACGAAGUGGUCGCCCUCUUUGCACGAGCUCUUCGACGUGGAUUACAUCAAUGGCCCACUUCCUUGCUCAGGAAAAUCAGAUGUAGAGGGCAUCUUCGAGGGUCCAUACUACGAAUGGUACAGGUUCAAAAAGGACUACACGGAGUUUUAUUAUGUGGAUGAGAAUCUGUUGUCCUAUAUCUCCAAUUAUAUGAAGUUGCACGGACCUUACGAUGGAAUCCUCGGGUUCUCUCAGGGGGCGUGUUUGGGUGGGUAUCUCGCUGCAAUUCAAGAAAAGGGAGUUGGACUUCAAGAUGUAUCUCCUCUACGUGUACUAGUCCUCAUAGCACCAGCUAAACUCCGAGCGCAGCACCUGAAACACGUCUACGACGACCCCAAGAUUAAGUGCCCUACUUUGGCACUAAUAGGGGCAAGGGAUCCGCUAAGAAUUCCUGGCUUCGAUGUGCUCAAGUCAUUUGAGAAUCAUAUCGCUAUCGAGCAUCGCUUUGGUCACACUGUGCCAAGACUGGAUGAUACACAAACUGCAACUGUGGCCCAGUUUCUCAAGUCACAAUUGGACGCCAUUACUUCUAGUACAGUACCUCCUGAGAGUGAAGCGGAGGCUUCACAGCUGGUUUCAGACGCCAUAGACAAGGUCGAGGAUGUAAAAUCACUCAGUGGCAGUAUCCUCACCGACUCACAGAAUGAAGUAUGUAGUGCAGCCUAAUUAAAAAGAGUCUAACGCUAAUCCAGUAUUCCUGGGUUUCCUUCUUACUUGCUACACUUCACAACUGUUAAGUGGUUGAAGCCAACAGACUUGGGUAGCCAGAUCCUGUGUACAUAAUUCCGCCACCUAUUAUAUGUUACUGAAUCAAAUAUCAAUGGGAAAUCUAGUGAGCAACAUGUAAGUUGGAUCACACUCACACGA